UUCAAUCUAAUGGUUAUCAUAAAUGAUAUAAUUGAUCAUUUCUGAAAAAGAACCAUUUGUAAAAAAAAAAUGUCCGAGAAAAGAGAUAUUAGGACGCUUUUUAAAGAGCUAGGAGAGACAAGUUCACUUCAUGGAAUUCCAAAAAUUGUUUCAUCAAGACAACUGAUUGUUAAGGCUUUAUGGUGCAUCUUACUUCUAGGCACGAUGUCGGUAUUCGUCAUCCAGCUCCAUGGCUUGUUUGCGGAGUUUUACUCGUAUCCGACGAAGACAUCAGUCCGGCUUAACUUUCGUCCGCUCGCAUUUCCGGCAAUGACAUUUUGCAACAUGAAUCCGUUAAAACUUAGCCAUCUCUCUGACUUUGAAACACUGUGGGAAAUAGAUAAUUAUCAAUAUAUAGCGGAUAAUAAGGACGAUUGGGGAUUGUCUGACAGCUAUUUAAGCCAGUAUUUAGGCGAAGAUGUACUGGAAGACCACAAUAACACUAGGGACAAGUAUGACGCAUGGAAAACUAGAUUUCUUACAGAAUUUAGAAAUCUUUCAGCUGAAAAUAGAUCAAAUGUUGGUCAUCAAAAAGAAGAUUUUAUUCAUAGCGCAGUUUUCUCAGGCCAUCGAAUGAAACUAACAUCCUUUAAAAAAGUUCUGUCACACGUGUAUGGGAACUGUUAUACAUUAGACGAGGACAAAUUAAUUGCUAGAGGAAGUGGUCACAAAAAUAGUCUAAAAAUUGUUUUCAACAUUGAAACUGAAGAAUAUCUCGAAGAUUACACCUCCGCCUAUGGAGUUCGCAUGGUUUUACAUGAAAAAGGGACUUACCCACUUCCAGAAGAUGAAGGACUCACACUCAGUUCCAGGUUUGAAACCCAUAUCGGACUACGCAUGUCUAGAGUAUUGAGACUCGGAGGAAAGUAUGGCGAUUGUACAAAUGGGAACGAAUUUGAAGAAAAAUAUCACAUUAAGUAUACUGUUCCAGUCUGCCACUCAAUGUGUGAGAUAGAAAAUUUGAAAUCUAAAUGUCAGUGUAUACCUCCAUCGUCCUUGAGUACUGUAGACAAAGACGUUUCACGGCUGUGUGACGCCGACGACGAUGAAACAUGUAUUGAAAACGUUAUUGACGAUAUACACGACGGCAAUAUACAAUGUGACUGCUAUUCCCGUUGUAAUGAAGAUGUAUUUUCAACAACAUAUUCAAGUCGAGUAUGGCCACACAAGACAUAUUUGAAAAAAGUCCUGUUACAGGAAGCUUGCAAAAGAAAUGUCAAUAAAACGGGCUGGAAUCUAUUCACGGAUAUAUGUUACGAAAUAUCAGAAAACAUUGAAGUAGCAGAUGAGAACCUAGAUAAAAUUGCUUCAAACUUCCUUGCGGUUUAUAUCUACUUUGAGGACUUAAAUUAUGAAAUUAUCUCUGAAGAGCCACUAUACAACACGUUGCGGUUUCUUUCUGACAUUGGAGGCGCUAUGGGGCUAUAUAUGGGCGCUUCAGUACUUACUUAUGUAGAGAUUCUGCAAGUUGCCUUAGAAGUGUUUCUAUUCUUUAAGCAAAAGUGGAUGAGGACAACACCUAUCGAAAAGUUCAGUUCAUAAAAACAUAAUUAUUCACUGAGUCGUCCAGUUCACAUUCAAAAGCUCCAGAAUGUUAACUACAUUAAAUUGUAAUGAAAUACAAUGGAAGUUGUUCGCGAGGAUGGGACGUAUAUCAUCUCAGCAAACUACUAAUUCUUCCAUAAUGGUAUCACCACCUAAAUAGUAACCUUCGAGUCAGAUAUUACCAUAUGCACCUACCAUCAGUGACAAUUUAUUACUUUCUACAACAUAAACGACGCCAUAGCAAUAUGAAAUUGCAAAAUUUCAUUAAGAUCUAACACAGCAGAUGUAUGUUUUAUUGUGUUUCUAUGACGGCAAUUAAAGAUAAUGGUCUACAUCGAAAAAAAAAAGAAGUUUUACAGUUGCAAAAUGACUGUGACGAUUUUGGGGGCAAAGACUUUAUUGUUAACUGUUUUAACGUUUUAUUGAAUUAAUAUUGUAUAUCUAGUGUUUAUUUCUAUAAUGUAAGAUUUAUUGUACCGUGUCCUUUUGUGGUACAGCUAUAUCAUAACUUGAUGAACGCCAAAUCCCAUUACAUUUAGUAAGCAUAGCACUAGCGAAUAAUCAAUGACACAAAUAAUAAUCCUACCAAGCAUUUAUCCAUGCACCUGUAUAACACCAGUUAAAAGAAACAACGAACUAACUAUAUGGUUAAAAACUUGAGGAUAAAUCAUUUCUUGAAAAGAUCAAUUUUCGAGGUAAACACACUGAAUUGUUUUUUUCUUAUUUUUAUAUAAUGAUGUUUGACAAAAGACCACUUAACAUUAUUUCCAAACGUCAGUUUAAAAAGUGAAUCUGAAUAUAUUUUAUUAAACUUGAAACAUUUUCUGACGUGCACACUAUAAUAUGCAUGUAUUUGACAACUGUUUCACACUGAGAUAGGGUCUUCCUGCGGUAAUCCAAUUAUAAUUUCAUCGCACACGGAAUGGCAAUAAGUUUGCUCUUAUAUGAACAUUGUAAAUAUAUACAUGUAUACUUUUUAUAGUUUAAUCUUUUAGAUACUCUCAACUUUACGGUCAAUUGUUUUUGUAUCUUCAUUCCAUGUACAUACUUUGAAAUUUAAAAACAUUUAAAGGGAUUCUUAAAAACU